UGCAUAACUCCUGUAGUUUGGUGUGCAGAUCCUCUCUGAAACCAUGGCCAAGGACAUGACUCUGCUGUGGGGCUCCGGCUCCCCCCCCUGCUGGAGGGUGAUGAUCACUCUGGAGGAGAAGAACCUGCAGGGCUACAACCAGAAGUUGAUGUCAUUCGAGAAAAUGGACCACAAGUCCCAGGAAGUAUUGGCCAUCAAUCCCCGUGGCCAGUUUCCUGCCUUCAAACAUGGGAACAAUAUCCUGAAUGAGUCCUAUGCUGCUUGCAUGUACCUGGAGAGCCAGUUCAAGUCCCAGGGAACCAAGCUGAUCCCUGACAGCCCCGCUGAGCAAGCGCUGAUGUACCAGCGCAUGUUUGAGGGACUUACACUCGCCCAGAAAUCAGGCGACGUCAUCUACUACGACUGGAAGGUCCCAGAGGGAGAGAGACACGACUCGGCUGUGAAGAGGAACAGGGAUGCUCUGAGAGCUGAAGUCAAGAUAUGGGAGGGUUACCUGGCGGCGUCAGGCUGUUUCAUGGCAGGAAAGACAUUUUCCCUGGCAGAUGUGAUUCUUUAUCCAGCAAUUGCUUAUCUCUUCCGCUUUGGAUUAUGUGAGGAGAAGUACCCCAAGCUGGCGGCUUACUUCAACUGUCUGAAGGAUAGACCCAGCAUCAAAAGCACCUGCCCUCCCACCUGGAAAGACACACCCGGACAGGCUGUGCUGAAAGACAUCUGAGAUGCAAACAACAAAUCUGUUCAUGUUGUUUAAUAUUUAACUUCUCGUUUCAUUGCGCUGCUUCAGAAGUUUACAUGUUUAAAAUAUGGAAACAUCUUUCUCAAUGAUUUGUUCUGCAGAAGGUGCUUCUUGUGCUUUGAGCAAAUUGAAUAAAAUUUUGAAUUUCA